UUAACCGGAAGUGAAAUCUACUUCCGGUCAACGUUCUACAUUUUGGCGGGCUGCCGUUGCAGCUUUGCGCGGACGUCAAAAGUGCAGGUUUGCCGUUCUGGAGAAAACGUGAGUAUUAUUUCGUUUGUUAACCUUAAAAUUCCUGUUUAUUUAUUGUUUAUUCAGCUUUUUUUCAGGCAAAGCAGUUUAAGAAACUAUCACAUAACAUGAUUCGGACUUUUUUUAUUAAAUAGCAGCAAUUUUAGCAGUUGAAAAAAAGUUGAAAAUGUCCUAUGUUGUCUUUCAGGUCAGACAGCUUACUUACUUGUGAGCGAGAUUGUGAGCGAUGUCCACGACCACAACAAAAACUCUGUUAAAAUCAUCGAUGGAGUGGACAGAAGACCAUGAUAUCUUAAUGCUAAGAGAAAUGCUUGCUUGCGAGAUUUUCUCGUUUAAAAAAGGUAGCGUUAGUCGAAUCGAAACCUGGGAAAAUAUCAURGCCAACCUUAACAGGAUAGAGUCGCCACAAUUCAGGAUCAAAGAUAAGAGAGCAAUCAGGGACAGAUGGCAAUUACUAAGCCGAAAGUACAAAGCUAAAACAAGAGAUGAAGAGGCCGCCAGUGGUAUCUCAGUCGACGAACCUUCAGAAAAAGAAGUUCUGAUAGAGGAACUACUGGAUAGGGAAAACACCACAGCAAGCCAAGAGUCCGCCGCUUCAAAAGCGACGAAAGACAAAGACCAAGCCGAAGAAGCGAGGAAGUCAGCGAUGGAAAGAAUGCGGCAAAAUAAGCGCAAGCAGAAGUUAAGUGAUGAUGAAGAUGAAAAACCGAAAAAAUCCAAAAAAAGAUGUGCACAGCCGCUUGUAGAGUUCCUAAAAGAGAAAGCGAGCGAAGAUCGUGAGUUGCGCGAGGCGGAGAUGGAGCUGAAGAAAAAAGAACAAGAAAAUCAGAACAAUCUGAUGAAAAGUAUGCUAGAAAAUCASCAUCAAUUGAAUAGCAGUUUUGUGGAUGUGCUUAAAAAAUUUCUGUCAAAAGAUUAGAAUAAGGUAAAAAUUAWUUUUGAUGAUCAAUUUGUAUUGUAUUGGAGUGCUUUUGACUUGUAAAAUGUGUU